CAUGGUGCAACUGUGCACGUGAUCAAAGGUGAGGCGACAGGGAGCUGUGUAGCGUGCCUGGGUUCGUGUUUGGGCGGGAUCCCGCGUGAGGACAUCAUUCCGGUCCAUUUCACAAAAGUCCGGACCUUGCACCGCGUCGCAUAUAUCUUGAUAUCUAGGAGCACAAGCACUCGUUCACGCCUCAAUCAACCACUAGAUACCCAGUCUUUGCGUCAAUGCUGACUUAAUCUGCCGUUUCUGGCCAUAGAUAUUUCAAAGGCAGUCAUGCGUGGGAGCGAGUUUGUUGAGUCUGAGGAGAUUGCUGUCGCUGCCAGCCGCAACGCACCGCUCAGGCGCAGGCGCCGCGCAGCACCUAGCAGUUCGCAGACGCCUACGCUCGCAUUCCAGGAGCUACCGGAUUACCUUCAAGACAAUGAGUUUAUUCAGAAAUACUACAGGACUCCGGAUAUGCCCUUGAAACGAACGCUCUGGUCGCUCUUUGAUAUACACAACGAGACCGGGAAUGUGUGGACGCACCUGCUGGGCUUCCUGAUGUUCCUGGGCCUGACGUUCUAUGUCAUCAAGCUGCCGCCGCAGCCGCUGGCGAUGGGCAAGCACCAGCUGGACACGCUGUGGCACUCGGUCCAGGACCGCGUGCACGGCAUCUCGGACAGCCUGCAGCACCUGCACCUGCCGCACUCGCUGGGCGACCUGUCCGCCAACCUGCACUCGCUCCAGGAGAGCCUGCACCACGGCGUGGACACGCUGGUGCACGGCGUGCAGGAGGAGGUGCAGCACGCCGCGCACCUGCUCACCCACGGCGUGCACCACCUGUCCGACAACCUGCACCUCGCCAGCGACAAGCUGCAGUCGGUACUGCAAGAGUCGCUGUCCGACGUCAUCCAGUGGCCCGUGCCGCGCUGGCCCGUGUACGUGUUCAUGGGCGGAGCCAUGACGUGCCUGUUCCUGUCGGCGGCGUGCCACCUGUUCGGGUGUUGCGCCCAGCACAUCACGCAGCUCAUCUGGCGCUUCGACUACGCGGGAAUCGCAAUUCUGAUCGUGACGUCCUUCUACCCGCCCGUGUACUACUCCUUCAUGUGCGAGCCCUCCUGGCGCGUGUUCUAUCUGGUGACCACCACAAUCAUGGGCUUCGGCGCAGUGGCGGUGUCGCUGCUGGACGCAUUCCAGCGCGCCGAGUGGCGCACCUUCCGCGCCAGCAUGUUUGUGUGCCUGGGCACCUACGGCGCCGUGCCGCUGCUGCACGCCGCCUGGGCGCACAGCGACAUCGCCGCCAUCCGCGAGUCCACGCGCUACGACCUGGUCAUGGGGGCGCUGUACCUGUCCGGCGCCUUUAUUUACGCGGCGCGCAUCCCGGAGCGCUGGCUGCCUGGCCGCUUCGACGUGUGGUUCCACGGCCACCAGAUCUUCCACAUCCUGAUCGUGCUGGCGGCGCUGGCGCACUACCGCGCCGUCAUGAUCCUGCUGCACUGGCGCGACGCCAGCGGCGGCUGCGCGGCGCCGGUGGGCGUGCCGGUGCAGUCGGAGCAGCACAGCGGCGCGAUAGAGCAGGUGUGGGAGACGCUGCAUCAAUACGCACUUGAGUACCUGGGCAGGCACGUGGCCGGUGGCGGCGCGGGGGUGGCAGGUGGCGGCGUGGGUGCGGGGGCGGGCGCGGGGAUGCCCUCCGCGGGCACCGUGGAGCUCUAAACCGUGGCCGUCUGCCAUGUGGCCGCGUGCCAGAUUGUGCAUGCGGUAGUCAGCGCUGGCAGUGCUGACCGCUGAGAACCGCAAGGCACUGCUGUGCGGAGGAAGCGGCGGUUCGUCCGCGUGGAGCCGUGUCGUCAUGAGAAAGAAGAGUGCGUGCAUGGGUGCCUUCUUCAUUGGGGUUGUCGCAACGUUUGAAUGUUCCUUGUAUGUGGCUGAUGUCUGCGUUGGAAAAAGGGUGUUGUGUGUCAAAGUCGCUGGGUGCUAAGGUCUCCAGUUUUGUUUAAUUGCAUUCGAUUGCAAUUUCAACCUGGUCCUUGCGUUGCUUCGGGCUGGUGUUUCGGCAGCCUGUGGUUGGCUUUGCUUCUCCAGGUACCCUAAAUGCAUCACAAAUAACACCGUGCGCUGUUGCUGGUCCCGAAUUGACUUGCCCAAAUGCGGCACAGGAUGACUGAGUGUGACUUUGCGAGAUUGACUAUCCCGAUGACUCGUUCGCCUUACGACUGUAUGCAUUCCAUGUGUACCGGUGCCCUGGGAUGUCCGCGCGUCCCACAUUUUAUUAGAGCGCGUGUGUUUGCUGUGACAUACGUGCUGGCUGACACCGGCUAGUGUGUGAUGCUGGCGAUGUUGGUGGACGAACGAGAGCCCAGGUAUGCUGCAGAGACUGCCGCGAUACCCGUUGAGAAUUAGAUAUGUUGCCGCAAGUUGCGAUGGCCACCGGUCAUGGUCGCGACAUGUGUGCUGCAGUUUUGCAGAGGGCCUGGGUUGACGCGCAGGCAGGGCCACGGCGCCGGACAUAUGAGGGCCGUGUGCGCCCGCCUGCGACGCGUCUGUAUCAUGGUUUCCGUUUUUGAUGGCUUGUUUAUUUCAUUCACAGCGUGGAGCAGGAAAGGGCUGGUAGCGGGCUGGCAGCCGCCAGAAGCGCAGGAGAUAUCAACAGUGAGAUAGCGGUCUCAAGCGGAGGCGUGGGCCCCCGACAUCCUGCGGGACCUGAUCCCCACCGACGACGACUGAAGUGAUGCAGGCGACGGAUGUGGUUCUUUCUUUCUGUGAAUAUGUGUGUUUGUGAUGGUGCUGUCUAAGUGAUGCGUAACGUAAGCAGGACUGAAGGCGGUAAUUAGCGGUGGGAAUGGAAGCGUGGGCAGGGCUGCUCGAUGAGACGGUAGGGCACUGUGUGUGCCGGGUUGCAGGGAAUUGGAGGACUGUGUCGCACGAUGGCAGAAGACCUGAACUUUGCGGGUCAAAUGCCCAGAGGAGAUGAAGAGUGGUUAGAACAUAUAAUUUGAUCAAGGAUUCAUCGUGUGGGAGUUGGCAGGGCAGAUGUCCAGCUGGCUGGGAUGUACAGUCGAAGCGGCGCAGUGCAUGAGGAGGACCACAGGCGGUGCCAGGUCAACUGUGCAAGGGUCGUGGUGGGGUGUGUGCCAGGCGGGAGCCCAUCGCGGCGCCGGAAACCGGCUGGCCAACGUGACCAGGGGGUCAUUGGGUCAGGGACGGGCUGUAACACGCCGGAGAA